CGAAAACCCUCCACGUCUUCUAACCAACCCUAAACAACGCGCACUCUCUGCUCAAGGGUGCCGAAAUCUUUUUCGAAGUAAAUCCAAACAUUGGAUCUUUCAUAGUAACUCUCUCUCUCUAUCUCUCUUUAGGCGCCUUUGAUCUUGGCUUGCUUCACAGUUCAUAGAUCUGAUCGUUUUCCAUUCCAGUCGUCGGUUCUGUAAUCAUCUAAUUUUUCUCUUGUCGAAGACGUGGGUUUUGUUGGGUUAUUGUGGAUAUCGUUAGUUAUAUAGUGAUUCAUUCGUUGUCUACAUUAUAUAGCGUCUCCUUGAAGUUUGGUUUAUUUGGUUGUUACUGUGAUAUAGAAAAGAAAAGGGUUUUGAGUUUCUGCCUUCAAUUCAUAUUUUGGGGGAAUUUUGUUUUUGGAAAAGAUGGUCGAAUUACUGGAGAAGCAAUACGGCGUUACGAAGCCAAUAUCUACUGCUGAACCAACUAAGGCUGAUUUACUUAGAACUGCUGAAUUGGAAAAGUUUUUGGAUGAUGCGGGGCUUUAUGAAAGCGAGGAGGAAACUUCUAAGAGAAAAGAGGUCCUUGGUCGUAUCAAAGAGAUAACGAAGAAUUGGGUGAAACAACUCACUCUCCUGAGAGGCUAUACAGAACAAAUGGUGGAGGAUGCAAAUGCACUAAUAUUUACUUUUGGCUCUUACAGACUUGGGGUACAUGGUCCUGGAGCUGAUAUGGACACUUUAUGUAUAGGGCCUUCAUAUAUCAAUCGCGAGGAAGAUUUUUUCUUUAUACUACAUGGAAUGCUGGAAGAGAUGGUAGAAGUGACCGAUUUGCAGCCCAUUCCUAAUGCUCAUGUUCCAGUUAUGAAAUUCAAGUUUGAUGGGAUAUCAAUUGAUCUUCUUUAUGCUAGUAUAUCUCUUUUGGUUGUCCCGGAAGAUCUGAAUAUAUGUGAUGUGUCUGUCCUAUACAAUGUUGAUGAGCCAACUGUUCGGAGCCUUAAUGGAUGUAGGGUUGCAGAUAGAAUUCUUAAGCUUGUUCCAAAUGUGGAGCAUUUUCGCACAACACUACGGUGUUUAAAGUUUUGGGCUAAAAGUCGUGGUAUUUAUUCAAAUGUCACUGGUUUUCUUGGAGGGGUGAACUGGGCUCUCCUUGUUGCCCGAGUUUGUCAGCUCUUUCCAAAUGCUGCACCCAGCAUGUUGGUUUCACGAUUUUUUAGGAUGUAUACACAGUGGCAUUGGCCAAAUCCUGUUAUGUUAUGUGAAAUUGAACAAGAGGAAUUGGGGUUUUCUGUUUGGGACCCUCGUAAGAAUCCUCGUGAUAGAACUCAUCAUAUGCCAAUAAUAACUCCGGCUUAUCCUCGCAUGAAUUCUAGCUACAAUGUUUCAUUGAGCACCCUUAGGGUCAUGAUGGAGCAGUUCCAGUUUGGCAACAAGAUAUGCGAGGGCAUUGAGCUGAACAAGGGAAAAUGGAAAGCUUUGUUUGAACCGUAUUUGUUCUUUGAAAGUUAUAGAAACUAUCUGCAGGUUGACAUAGUUGCUGCUGAUGAUGGAGAUUUACUUGCUUGGAGAGGUUGGGUUGAGUCCCGGCUGAGACAACUGACUCUGAAGAUAGAGCGAGAUACCUACGGAAAACUGCAGUGCCAUCCUUAUCCCAAUGUGUAUCUGGAUCCAUCGAAGACUUGUUCUCAUUCUUCCUUUUUUAUGGGUUUGCAAAGAAAGCAAGGGGAAAUAGUCCAAGAAGGUCAGCAAUUUGAUAUUCGUGCAACGGUUGAUGAGUUCAAGCAUGCGGUCAAUAUGUACAUGUUGUGGAAGCCGGGGAUGGAUCUCUCUGUUUCUCAUAUUCGGCGAAAACAGAUUCCUCUUUAUGUUUUUCCAGAUGGGUGUAGAAAAAACAAAGUUAGGCCCGAAUCCCAACAAGAACGAUUGUGUGUGAAAAGGAAGGUAGACCAGAUCGAUCAUCAGAAAUCUCCAGACAAGCGGAUAUCGAGCAGCCCUGAGUCUGGUAUAACUAAUUCAAGUCCGGAGAGUAAAGUAACGGCAGGAGAUGUUCUAGAAAUACGUGAUAGAGGUUUACAGUCCACCAUAUAUGAUAGUAUUAUCUCUACCAACUCGACUUUAUCGUUUUAUUUUUAUAUUAUUUAGAUUGUCGUAGAGUCUGACUUCUUCUCUUCUAGUGAUCAAAUUGUUUUUUUCUUCCUAUUUCUGAAGAUGAAACAUUAUGCUGCUGCCGAGAUGGGGUUGAUAUUGGAAAAUAAAGGGGGAGGAGUGAGGUGAAAGGGCAAGCAUACUUUGCUCAAGCUUCUUAUUGUUGUUCAGAUUAUUUUAGUUUGCUGUUUUGCUAGUUUUGUUUUUUUUUGUGCAGGUAACUUGCAGAGAUUCAAAUCAGGCUUCUGAACUGACCUGCAGUUACGGGGUGGGGGUGAUGCACGACGAAAAAUGAAGCAGUUCAGGGUGAGUAAUGGUUUAGUUGGUUUCAUGUAAAUGAAUGGCAUUCAAAUUUUGUUCCAGGGAGGAAUGAAAUGGAAUGGAAAUCCCAAUGUUAAUUGUUUACUGCUGGCUGAGAUAAUUGAAGAUCAAGUGUUGUUGGGAUUUGAUGGUGGAAAAAGGAGGAUGUAAGCCUUUGGUGAGUCUUGGGAUAUUAUUAUUAUGGUAUUAUCUAUUAGUUUAAACUCAUAAGAAAGCUAACCUAAGGAGGGCUUUUCUGAUUAGGUUUAGUAGGAUGAUUUUAAGCUGUGUUAGAGAUAGGGAGAAAAGAAGAGAAUGAUGGAUCCUUAUGUACAUUUUCUUCUUCUUUUAUGACAUGGAGAUAAAUCUAAAUUUGUUAUUGGUCUCUUGCAAAAUCUCUUAUUACACAUCUUUUUAUGUUAUUAUUUCUUGAUUCGUGACU